AUGUCCGAUACGGAGGACGAACAACUGUGCCCUCUCUGUAUGGAAGGACUGGAUGAAACAGAUCGUUCAUUCUCCCCCUGUGGUUGUGGAUACCAAGUUUGUCUCUGGUGUUUACACUACCUUCGAACGUCAAUGGGCGACAAAUGCCCCGCCUGUCGAAGACCAUACGAUGAAUCGAAAUUUCAGUUCACCGGGCAAUUGCCCACCCUUAACGCUACUACAUCUUCCAGCUCCAAUCGCAACAAGAAGUCCAAGGAGGAUAUAUCCCGCUCCAAUUCCACCACAUCCCAAUCACAAUUGCAUUCUUCGCAGCUUCAAAAUGGGACAGCAUCUACGGCAUCCCUGGAUGACCUAAAGAAUAUGCGCGUUUUACAGCGCAAUCUGGUUUAUGUUGUAGGUUUGCCUCAGCGAUUGGCCAAGAAGGAGGUGUUGAAGAGGCCAGAGUAUUUUGGCCAGUAUGGGAAAAUUCAGAAUGUGGUAGUAAAUCGCAGCCAAGCCUAUAGUACGCAUUGGGAAGGGCCAUCAUACAGCGUGUACGUAACCUACAGUAAAAUAAGCGAAGCUUCCGCUGCAAUCGAAGGAAUUGACGGAUCACAAGUUGACAAUCGUAUCCUUCGCGCCUCUUUUGGUACGACAAAAUAUUGCGUUUAUUUUCUUAAAAACGUGAAAUGCACGAACGUCGAUUGUUUUUAUUUACACCAAUUGGGGGAUGAAAAGGAUACAUUUUCACGGGAAGCGAUGAUACCAGCGAGGCACCAAUUGCACGGUCUGGCACAUCAAAAGGCGGAUAUAUCGGAAAAUAAUACUAUUGGCACUCCUAACAAGAUUUUUGGCGUUAUAAAUCCACAAAUCAAACACAACAGCACUAAUGUCGUAUGUGAUAAUCUCGUGUCCAAUGAGGGUGACAUAUUUGACCUAAAUGGGAUUGAUGUGUCAUUAGAUAUGCUAAUUUCCUUCUAUAAUAAAGGCAAUGAGUUUCUGAUUGUCACUGACGUCACUAAUGAUUUGUUGAAAAGCUUUAAAUCCAAAUAUCAAUACUCUGUAACUAAUGGUAUUGAAGAAGAUGUAAAUGCUGUAAUAAGAGGGAUUGGGUACAAAUGGAGCCUGAAAAAGAUAGGAAAUAUUCAUGCCAAUAACGAAUCCACCAAGAAAUGUAGCUCUAAGUUGGAUCUAGAUUUGGAUAGACUCAAAGUUCAAUGCGAACAAACUAGAAGUCAAAUAGUGAACCAUUUACAUCAAUUAUAUCAGUCGUAG